AUGGAUAAUUUAUUUAAAUUAGUUUUUAAUAAUAAAUUUUUAAGAAAAAAAAUAUUUAACGAAAUUAAAGAAAUUAAUAAACCAAACUUAGUUAAAAAAUAUUAUCAAUGUAAAAUUAAUUGGAUAAUUAGAAAUAAUCAUUUUCAAUUAAUGAUUUAUAAAUUUAAAAAACAAAUUAAAACAAGGGAACAAUUUACAGAUGAUUUAUUUUAUUUAUUUUUAGAAAGAAAUAUUGAUUUAGAGAUAUUUAAAGAAGUUUUAGAAUUAUUUCCACAAUUUCAACCAAUUUCAUCAAAAUAUUCAUCAAAAAUAAUUGAAUUUUGUUGUUUAAAUAAUUUUUCAUUUCUUUAUAAAGAAAAACAAGAUUUAAAUUUAAAGAAAAAACAAUUUUUAGAAUAUAUUUUAAAUGAUUUGAAAAUUAUACCAACUUUAAAAUCAAUAAAUUAUCUUUGUACUUUAAAUAAUGAGAAAGGUUACUAUUCAAUUGAGAAUCAAUCUGAUACUGCUUUAUUAUUAUGUACAUUAAAAGAAAAAGAUUUUGAAUUAUUUGAUAAAAUUUUAAAAUUAAAUAAAGAUUUAAAAAAUAAUUUUCAAUCUUUUUUCCAUACAACAAAUUUAUUAUUAACAAAAUCAAAUGAUAUUAGAUUUUAUCAUAGUUUAUUUGGUAUUGAAAAAAAUGAUAUUGUUGAAAGUGGUUAUAAAUAUAAUUAUUCUGAAAAAAUGUAUAAUUUAACACCAACCGCAAUUCAAUAUGCAAAUUUAGAUAUUUUAAAAUAUCUUUCAAAAAACAAACCAAUUGAUUAUUAUCAUUAUUAUCAUUUAGAAUCUAUUGCAACUAAAAAUGAUAAAAUUGAUGGUGGACUAAGUUCAAUAGAUUUAUUAAAAUUCUUUUUCAAUGGUAAUGGUGAUGGUAAUGGUGAUGGUAAUGGUGAUGGUUAUGGUGAUAAUCAAACCUCAUUUUCUAAAAUGCAAAUAAAUAAAUUAUUUAUUGGAAUUUGUAAAAAUGGAAAAAUAGAAUGUUUACAAUAUUUAAUUAAAAGAUUUAAAAAUGUAAUUGAUAUAAAUUAUAAAACAAGAGAUAGUGCAUUAGAAUCAAAUAAUAUUGAAACUUUUGAUUGGGUAUUAAAAAAUAGUGGUGGAGAUAAUAUUAAAAAAGGAAUAUGUUCAUCAACUGGUUUAGAUUUAAUAAUUCAAAUAACUUUAUUCAAAUUAAAAAGUAAAAUAUUAUUUCAAUAUUAUAUUGAUUUAAUUUUAAAUCCAACCAACAGAAAUUUAAUUUUAAUAACUGAUGACCAAAUUAUAGAUAUUGUUAAAAAUUUAUAUUGUUUAGAAGAAAAUGAUUCUAAUUUUAUAUUCCAAUAUUUAAAAAAUCAAUCAAAAAGAUUUUAA